CGCGUGACAGUAAAGUAGUGCUUAUCCUUGGCUCAUGCAAAUAGCACCCACCCGGAUAUUAGCCGUGUUUAAGCCACACGCCGGGAGGUUAGUAGUUGGGUGGAUAACCACCAGCGAAUCCCUUCUGUUGUAUGUUCUGAUUCUUUUUUUUUCAUGCUUUUUAUUUUUGAUCACGAUUGUACCGUCUGGAUAUGGUUGUCUUCUAGGUAUGACCCUGGUAUAUUGUGUUCCAGUCUACAUGAUUGCUGCUGGAAUGGCACUGUGCUACGGUAUUAUUUUCUACCCACCCCUGUCUCGUCUCAAUGUCUUUGUGUAUAUUGACCACCCUCUCCUACUUCUCUGAAUUGCCACCAAGCAGCUCCGGCGUAUCCGGGCGGAAGAAAACGUUAUCAGGACCCUGCCCCCACUAGUGGGUCUGGGCAUCAACUUUGUCUUCAGAACUUUUUCUCCUUACCGCCCAAUGUUCGAUACCUGCAGAGGCUAUUCCGUUUGGUCUUGGAUCCUAUGGCAUGACAAACCACUGCCAUGACAACCCGUUUCUAGGCCC